CCUCUCUGUGCAGGCGCUCUUGAGAGGAAUGAGAAAAUACAUGACUAAAUUUUCAACUUUGAAGAAACAGUGAAAAUAUGUUUAAAAAUCUUUAAACAUUAUUUUGUUGCUAUUUUUUCCCCCAUUUUCGCGGGAUUUCAGCGCUUCCCAGUGAAGUAUGGUUGAUCCUGCUGAGUUGCUGGUCAUCAAGGACCAGCAUGCGUUUGCCUGUCAGUGCCUGAACCGAGGUCUGGAAGCUGAAGAGGCCAACAAGAAAACAGAAGCCAUGUCCUAUUACAGGAUGGCUCGUCAGCAUCUUACCCAGGGCAUGGAGGUACCUACACAAGGGCAGAGGCGCCGCGGGCAGGCCUGGGACAAGGCCAGGGGGCUUCAGCAGAAGAUGAAGGACAUGUUGGAGGCUGUUAACGCCCACCUUUCUGAAAUGGAAAUGCCACCAGAAAACACAAAUGAUGCACCUUUGAUUGAUUUGACUUCUAAUAUGUAUCCAGACUUGACAGCUAGCAGUCAACCCUCCAAUAAUCCUCUCCACCAUCUGUACCCCACCGUGCCAGCUGCAUCCCCAGCCCCCAGCACAGCCCUCAUCAGUCCUGCUGCCCCUGCUGUCCCACACACACACACAGUCCCUGCAGAGGCUCUGGAACCUGUCACCAUGGACCACUCAGGGGACCUGCCCCCAGCGUACACACCAAAGCCCACAAAUGGACACCACGGCCUGUGGACAGGCUGGCCGGCCCGAGCAGCAGCAAGUGAGAAGGAGCUGCUUUUUAUCCCCUCAGGGGUGCAGCUGUUUUUCGUGGAGCCAAGCGGACAGGUCUGCGCUCUGUCUCGUCCGAGCUACCUUCGCAUCGUCGCCGUGGGGAGUCACGGCAGGAACUCCGGUGUUGGGAAACCCUCAGCGACGUUGCAUGCGUGUGAUAGGACGUAUCCACUGACGCCCGACACUCCAGUGCUCCUGGCCAACUCUGGGAUCUUCAUGUUUCCUGACAGCUUGUCAGAGGCACCUGGUUCCUACGUGGGUUUAGUGCUCUCCUCUGAACUGCCUGCUGCAGACUGUGACAUGUUUCAGGACCUGCUGCUGCAGCUCACAGACUUCAGAGUUCAGGACACAGAAGGUACAGAAUUAGAGGUCACGAACUUGGCAACAAAAGUCCCCCUCGGUCCCCUGAACGAACAAACAGCAUCAGCAGCGGAGACGGAAAAAGCACCGUUGCCUGGAUGGAGUGAGAAGAUGGCUCAAGGAAUCUUGUCGGGAGCGACACGGCUGAGUGAGUCAUUCACCAAAGGAGCGGAGGCGACAGGGAGGGCCAUUCAGCAAGGAGCAGUCAAGAUCCGGGACCAAAUCACACCAGAGGAAACCCCCUCAGUGGUCAGCCCGAAGGUCACCCAAGGUCUAAAUGCGACUCAGCAGGCUACUGGGGGCGCUGUCCGGGUCACCAAGUUCUUAGUGAGUGGCAUGAGCAUGAUUGCAGGACAUGUAGCAGACAAGAUGGCGCCCCAUUUGAAGAAGCAUGGUCCUAAACUGGUUCCACWGUCUCUGAAGAAGAGCCAAGAUGGCCAGGCCUCCAACUUUGAUGGAGCCAAGUUUGUAGCAGUCAGCAGCGUACAAGGUUUCUGUACUGUCUGGUCAAGUCUGGAAGCCGGGGCAAAGGAUGUCUGCAAAAGUGUUGCAGCUGAGACUGUCACAACAGUGAAGUACAAAUUUAGGGGCUUAGAGAACCUUUUAAAUGUGUCCAGCAACAUUUGACUUCUUGGGGGAGUAAAGGCUUGUGGCUUCUGAACUAACAACUCCUGCUAAAAUCUGUCUUGUAUACACUUUUACCCAAACCAAGUUUUUAAAAAAAUAACACAAACUCAACUUAAAAAAAGAUAUGAAACUUACUUUUGUUUACUUGUGGCUUUCUUUUAAAACCUUGUUUACACAAGCAGUCUAAUUUCAUGUAUUUUACAUUUAAAUCAAUCUGAAGUGUGUUUUCUUUACUUUUAUGUGCAUAGCUGGUGUGUCAGGCUCCAAGGCUUUUCUUCUGAAUGCCUCCCUGUGUGAAUACACAGAUUACUGUAGUUUAUACAUGCUUCAUACUUCAGAGCCUCUGCUGUUUGCUGUUUCUGAAUUUGUUUGUGCURAAUGCCAGCUUGUGUUGGGUGCCAAAGUUUCCUUUGUUUAGGCUCUUUAUAUAACUUUAAUAGAAUUAGUUUUAUUYAUUUGUUCAAGUGUUUUGACAAUUUUCCCCCCUACCACCACUCCUCUCUAACUCUACCAAAUUAUCUGUG